CGAGGCUGAACACACAGACAGCUGCUCUGCUUCGAGCUGGAGAUUCACCUGAGCCCACACUGCACACACAGGAGCUGUGUCGACUCUGCAGAAGGAGGCGAGGAUGUGGAGGGGAGGAGGGCAGAGAGAGGACAAUGCCACACUCAUUGCCAUGGAAACCAAGCCAGAGGACAACUACGGCAGCAUCACCAUGGAUGCACCAGUUCAGCCUCGGAACAGGAAUGUGUUCAGCGACGGAUUGACUCGAGUCGAUUUUGUGUUGGUGUGGGAGGAGCCUCUGAACUCACAGAAGGAGGAGGACGCAGGUGUUAGCUCCGCCCACAGACAGCGGAGGGAGAAGUUUCUUAACAACCUGAGACGCUCCGGACUGCUGCAUGAACAGAGGGAAGUCCUCCAGACGAAGACCAGGAUCUGCUUUGUCCUCCUCAGUGCUCCGUGGAGCGUCCUCUGUUACUAUGCUGAGGAGAUCAGCCUCAGAGUCCCACUGCAGGUGGUCACCACUCCAAUCGUGAACUGGUCUGCGCGCCUCCUGUCCAAGCUGUCCCUCCCUAACCCUCUGUAUCAGGACGUCCCCAACCCCCCACCUGACUACUACACCUGUCAGUUCAGGGCCAACAAGCUGCAGAGGUUUCUGGGCAGCGACAACAAGGAGACGUUCUUUAAGACGACUCAGAGACACCAGGUGCUGUAUGAGAUCCUGGCCAGGACUCCAUAUGGUUCAGUGAAACGGGGCGAGGUGGGAAUCGACCGACUGUUGACCGAGCAGGUCUUCACUGCUGCCUACCCGCUGCAUGAGGGAGAUUUCCAGCUCCCGACGCCCCCGGUGCCGCCCGAGUCUUUAGGUCUGAGACAGAUCCUCUAUGCAUACUGGGCCAAGUGGUCCUGCUAUAGACGCUACCAACCUCUGGAUCACAUUAGGGAGUACUUUGGAGAGAAGAUAGCCCUUUAUUAUGCCUGGCUUGGUUUCUACACUUGCUGGCUGUUGCCGGCGUCUUUUCUUGGGACUCUGAUCUUCUUGAUUGGGUUCUGGCUCGUGGCCACUGAUGUUCCAGCGAAGGAGGUGUGUGACGGUGGAAACAGCUUCAUGAUGUGUCCGCUCUGUAACACUUGCUCCCACUGGAACUACUCCAGCAUCUGUCUCACCUACAAGGCGGGUCUCCUGUUUGAUAAUGGAGGAACAGUGUUUCUCAGUGCCUUCAUGUCUCUGUGGGCUGUCACCUUCCUGGAGUACUGGAAGAGGACUUGUUCAGCGCUGACACAUCGCUGGGACUGCUCUGAGUUCCAGGACAUCGAGGAGCGACCUCGUCCGGAGUUCACGGCGAUGGCGCCGAUGACCAUCAGGAACCCGGUGACUGGAGCAGAGGAGCCUUAUUUUCCUGAAAGUAAACGGCUAAAUAGAACUCUGACCGGCUGCAUGGUCAUCAUCUUGAUGGUUGUUGUGGUGCUGAUGUUCCUCAUCGCCAUCAUUCUGUAUCGCACCAUUGUCAGAAUAAUCAUCUACAAGUCCGGUAACAACUUUGUUAGCGAUUCUUCUGGGAGGAUAGCCAGCAUUACAGGAUCUGUCCUGAACCUGUUGGUCAUCCUCAUGUUGUCCAAAGUUUACACCUCACUGGCUGACAUCCUCACCCGCUGGGAGAUGCAUCGGACUCAGUCUAAAUAUGAAGACAUGUUCAUCUUCAAAGUUUUCAUCUUCCAGUUUGUCAACUUCUACUCCUCUCCGGUUUACAUCGCCUUCUUCAAAGGCAGGUUCGUCGGUUACCCUGGAAACUACAACACUCUGUUUGGCGUUCGCAAUGAGGAUUGUGGAGCCGGUGGAUGUCUUAUUGAACUGGCUCAGGAGCUGCUGGUCAUCAUGGUGGGAAAACAGCUGAUCAACAACAUCCAGGAGUUCAUCAUCCCGAAGUUGAAGUCGUGGUGGCAGAAGAGGAAGAUAAGUCCUCGGCUGAAGGAAGUGAAGAAGGAGAAAGGAGAGGAGGCUCAGAAGGAGGACAAAGAGGAGGUUUCUCCCUGGGAGGCAGACUACCAGCUGCUGGUCUGUGAGGGACUCUUCAGCGAAUACUUGGAGAUGGUAAUCCAGUUUGGUUUCAUCACCAUCUUCGUGGCGGCGUGUCCUCUCGCUCCUCUCUUCGCUCUCAUUAAUAACUGGGUGGAGAUUCGUUUGGAUGCUCAGAAGUUUGUGAGUGAAUAUCGCCGCCCGGUGGUGGAGCGAGCUCAGGGCAUUGGCAUCUGGUUCUCCAUCUUGCAGUUCAUCACCCACAUCGCCGUCUUCAGUAAUGCGUUCCUCAUAGCAUUCACCUCGUCCUUCCUGCCACGUCUGUACUACGGCUACACCAGAGACAGCACCCUGAGCGGCUUCACCAACUUCACCCUGGCAACAUCACCACGCAACUACAGCCUGCAACACCAGAACACGUCCUGCAGGUAUCGGAGUCUCAGGGAUGAAAAUGGCAAAUACCUCCCCGAGUACUUUCACCUCCUCGCCAUACGACUCACUUUUGUCAUCGUGUUUGAGCAUGUGGUCUUCUUCAUCGGCGGUGUGAUCGACAUGAUGGUUCCUGACAUCCCAGAGGAGGUGGAGAUGAAGAUGAAGAGGGAGCACUACAUGGCUAAAGAGGCGCUGGCUGAGAACCAGACUUUAGGGAAAACCAUGAUUCCCGCUGAGAAUGAGGUCCUACGACAACGUGGAGUCAAAUCCUCAGCACCACCGCAGAGCGACUCCCCUCCACCAUACCUGAAGAAGAUUCCAGAAGAACCUGAUACACCGGACAACUGCUGAAAUAUAGCACAAGUGAACUUCUGUACAACAUCUACGAGAUCUACGAGAGUUGUGUUGCACAUCUACACAUCCUACAAGAGGGUCCACCUGACCUACAAGACCUACAAGAUCUACAACACCUCUUAUCCACAGAAUCACGGGUUACUGUCGUGUCCUCCAAGACUUCUGCUGAUCACUACGAGGGCUCUAAAAGUAAACAAGACCUUUGAGAUGCUACACAAGCUUUCCAACAACUCAACAAUGUCCUGCAUCCUUCACAUACUAGACCUGCACAUGAUUUAUAGAAGGAAUACAAGAACUUUACAAGAGUCCUAAAAGAGUUCAGAAACUGUUAAGACUGUUUGAGACAUUCAAAAUCUUAAGGAUGCUCUCGGCUGAGAGUCUGUUCAGAUAUAAUAAUACUGUUAAAUGUUGGUGGACAAACACUUUGAAUGUUCUCCCUGAGCGCAUGGUUUGCUUUUGUUUUGUCCAAAUGUCUCCAUUUGGACCUGAUGUUAUAAAAGCUCUCAGACUGAUCAUUCACCUCUGUUACUGAGUAGAUAGAAUAGCAUUUUACCCUGGGCAGACCUUUAUAUUUUUAUACAUUUAUUUAUGUAUUAUAGACAGAAAUAUCUUGUAAGUAAAUUUCCACUGUGGCUGGAUAUGAUGUCAUCCUGGACACCCUCCAGGAUCCCUCUGCACGAAGACUUUAGACUAAUAAUUAUAACCUGUGACAAAUAAAAACAUUUAUCAGCA